UGUCCGGGUGCUUAUCUUCCGAGUUCCGACCCCUCCACGCAUCCCUUCCCACCUACCCUCUUCCCGGUUCCCAGUUUUUUGGUUCCACUUUUCCACUUUUGCCCCCGACUUUCUUGGAGGCCAAGAUGAUGCACAUGACCUUCUACUGGGGCAAAAAGGUAACUAUCCUCUUCGACUCGUGGCGGACCGAGUCGUGGCCGGGUUACGCCCUCAGCCUCGUCGCCCUCUUCCUCGCCGCCGCCUUCUACCAGUACAUGGAGGACCGUCGGAUCCGCCUCAAGAUUUUCGCCCGAUCCAAGCCGUCAUCACCGCUGUCCGUGGAAACCCCCCUCCUCCUCUCCGUUGCCGCCGGCCGGCCGUGGGCUCCAGCGAGGCUCGCUUCCGCCGUCCUCUUUGGCCUCAACUCGGGCAUCGGGUACCUCCUCAUGCUCGCCGUGAUGUCCUUCAACGGCGGCGUCUUCGUCGCCAUUAUCGUGGGGCUCGCCGUCGGGUAUCUGUUGUUUAGGAGCCGUGGAGAGGAGGAUCUCGUUGCGCUGGAGAACCCCUGUGCUUGCGCCUGAUCGGAAUCCUGAUCGUUUGGUAUUUGCCCCCAAUUAUUGUACUUUGCUUUGUCCUUUUAUAAUUUACCUCUAAAAUUUGGAUGAAUUAUGGCCUGAUCUCUGAACUCGUGUGUGAUGAAUAUAAGAUUAGAUUUUUAUGUGGUUGAAUGUAUACUCUGGCUUGGUGAUUGAAGGAUUUGAGCUUGUGAAUUAAA